AUGGCUCUUAGGUCCACCGCUCUUGCCUCCGCCGGCUGCGUGCUGCUGCUAGGCCUCCUGCUGGGCCUCCUGCGCAAGCUGCCUGAUGCAGACGACUUCGAAGCUGUCUCCAAAAAGUUGGAGGAGCAGGGGUGGGAUGCGGCGGGCGAGGUCAGGCGACACGGCAAGGUCAGCAUCCACGGACUCAGCGAGUAUUCGAAGCGCGCCGACCUUACGCGCGGUCACAUCGAUCCGCGCGCCGAGCCCGUUCUCUAUUUCGUCGGAACCACGCCAGGCUCGCGCGUCCUGAAUUACAUCGGAAAGUACACCUUGUGGCGCGGCGUCCUUCUCAAUGGCAGGCCAACCUACCGUUCGGAGGUCGACUCAGACGUUGGGCUGUGGUACUCGCGCACUGGGCACUGGUACAUCGGCGAUUACGAAUGGCUUGGGCUUCCUGGCGGGCAUGCCUUUGCGGCCUCGGCACACGGCGCAAAGUGGAACGCAGCGCGCAAGGCUUUGUUCGUGCCAGCCGGCGUAUCGCUGGCUCCCUUUGCGCGCUGGCUCCCCGAGGGAGCACAGAUGACUGCACCCCCUUCGCUCGGCAGUCUUGACUCUGUAGAGGCGCCGGAUCUCCAGCUGUUGCCAGACGGCAAUGAAGCUCGACUCGCGCUCGAGCGUCUGCCCGACUUGCAACUCUCGGCGCCCGACUCCUCGCGCGCGGUCCGCUUCAAUGUGUCAAAUCCAGACGAGUAUGCAGGGUCGGUGGCAAUCCCUCUUAUCCUUGUCGGGGUGCUAUCGAUUCGACCGGGUCUCACCAUCCACGGCCGGCCUGCGUACAACUUGCGGCCCGUUGUAGCGAAGCAUAUUCACCCAGCAGGGAUCGGCCUCAGCUUUGGGUACGACGGCGCGUGGUGCGUUGGCGACUACGAUCGGCUGGGCAACAGCAGCCAUUGCUACCUCAAGGCGUACGACAGCGCGCUUGACCCCUUGGAAGUGAACGCGCCCUGGAAGCGAUGGCUGGACUCCCAAAAGCGAUGGAUCCCGGUUCUGUCGAUGAGCUUGCGUGCCGCUUCGUAUGUCGGCAGCGACUUGCUACUCUGCGGGUUGACGAGCCCAGAGCUGCGCCGGCGUGCGAUUUUCUCAUUCGUGAGGCUAAAACCAAGCGAAGAGUCGCUGCUGGAUACACUGGUUGCCUUCCGACGUGUUUCGUGGGACAGAGCCGUAGGACCAGGGUCCUAUUACACGCGCGAAGGGCAGCCUAAAAAGGUCGUGCUCCUGCACCAUGACCUGAGUGCAACUUGGUUCAUGACCACGCCGGACGAGCUCAGAGCCGAAACGGAGAUGGAGUCCAGGAAGGCGUGGAUGUAUAACCGAGACGCUAGCCCGUUCGCCGAAGACGUGCAGAACCCUUGGAUGCGGUCGACGGGCCGUUGGCAGUCAGCCGCCGGCUUUGCUUGCCUACCGAUGGGCUCAGACCCGGAGUCCAAGAGCGGGAAACGAUGGCAAGCGAGGGCAGAUGAGCAAAUCGCAUGGCAGGAAGGCCGCGCUGGCCCCGAGGCUAAUGCGCGCCAGCCAGCGCUGCAGCUGAGCAUCGCUGACCUCGCAGAGGUGCCAUUAGACGCCGACGCAGACACGGUGUGGAUGGAGAGCAUGGGAGGCAGCAGCACGCCUGCCCAAGCAGACGAACAAAUGCCGCUGUGGGAGGCCUCGCGCCAUUUCACCGGCUUUGGAGUUCAAGUGCUACACUCCGUUCCUCCCCUCCGGCGCAAAGGGCAACGGCUCUGCCCGCUGCGGAGGCGCUGCCUCCCGUGCCGAUGGGCGCUCUUCACAUCGGAGGAGCAACUGGACCGUGUCAGCGGCGACGGAUGGGUGGCAGCGAAGGACGGCGAUUACGCUGACGCCCUCGCCAAGGGCCACACGGUCAUCCUCCUCGUGACCGAGUCGACCGGCGGACGAGCAUUCUCCGCCGACCUCGAUCGCGUCCUCCGCCAGCUUGCGAGGACCGCACGCGCUAGUGGGUCCAUUGACCACACGCCGUAUGGCACCUCUCGCGCGUCGUCCACCCGCUCACACUACACCUUCCACUCCGCCGCCAUCUCCGCCGCCAUCGUCACCGCCGACGCCCUCACCAUUCAGAACUCGGCCGCCGCCCUCGGCUUCGAGCUCACCCUCGACCCUCGCGAUCUCGCCCGGCGCUCGUCGUCGGGUCGGCCGCCAUUGCGGUCGGCGCCACCACCUCCUCCCGCCCCCCCCGCAGCCACCGCCGCGCGGCCGCCAAUGCGACCGACCCCACCCUCCUUCCCCGACCCCGCCCUAGACGCCCCCGACAGCGAAGCCCGCGCCGCGCGCGGCACCACCACCGACUCUACCUCCGACCCCAGGGCCUAG